ACUGACGUAGAGGGAGCGAGGAACAAGGAGCCAUCAGAUUUGGAGAAGAUUGUGAAGAGGUAUUGAUGCUCGAGAUUGAGGUUUUCUUUAUUAUUACUUCCAACCAUACGUUUAGAAAGCAUCAAAUCUAGAAAACAUCCAAUCAUCAACAUGCCUCCCUCUGGCCUUGCAAUCAUUAUUGGAGCCGGUCCAAACACUGGAACCGGCAUCGCCAGAAUCCUCUCACACCCAAAGCAUGGCAACCUCGCCGUAGCCCUCCUCGCUCGUCGCCAAGAAGGUCUCAACAGCGUACGAUCCAACCUCAAAGAAACCUCUCCAGGCAGCAUAGUCGAGACAUUCCCCACCGACACCUCACCCGACAAUCUUAAACAGGCCUUCCAAUCUAUUAAGUCACACUCCUCAUUCAAAGACCUGAAGCUAAAGGUGGCUGUUUAUUCCGUCAAGCACUCCAGCAAGAAACCCUUCAUGAACGAAACGUAUGAAGAGUUCACGGAAAGUCUGGAGCAAUAUGUGGGAGGAGCUUUCACGUUCGCCCAGGAGUCGCUGAAAAUGUUUUUUGAACACCACGGCGAGGCGCCACUUUCUGAGACAUGGGAGAAAAAGGGGACUCUAAUUUUCACUGGGACGCUGGGUGCGUUGAGAUGCAGUGCAGAGUUUGCAGCGUACGGAGCGGGGAGGUCCAGUGUCAGACAGUUAGCGCAGACUUUGGCGAGGGAGAUGAGUGCCAAGGGCAUUCAUGUCGUCCAUACUAUUGCCAAUGGUGCGAUUGAGGACAAAAAUGGCGAGGAUCAGAGAAUCGGGAAGAAGAUGAGUGCAGAUGCUGUUGGAAAGACGUAUUUGUGGCUUUCUCAACAGGAGCCGGAGCUCUGGACUCAUGAAUUGGACUUGCGGCCGGCUGCUGAGAAGUUUUAGGGCAAUAAAAGGUUGACGAGGGAGCAUCUAUCUGUCUCUGUAACUGUACAUCUCAGAGGUCGACCUUUCGUGUGUAGUUUCUGCCAUUCCAAAACAGCAGAACUGUGCUGCAUGAGUGGUGAUUUGAUGUCAUCAUAUGGUAGCUCAGAACUU